CCACCGUCUCUCCCCGCAGCCAGGGUUGCUGCUCCCAUCUUCCUCACAAAUGGGUGGCUAAUUAAAAUGGCCCUCCACUGCAGAUUCCAAUCUGCGAAACUCUCUGUGGGGCUGCAGGGUUGAGGGCCUGCGAGCCGACAGCCGAGAAGCAUGCCCGACCCGGCCUGGCCUCGGAACGAAGCUAUCGACGGCUCGACGCACGGAGCACGAUACAGGGCCGAUGUUCUCUCGGUGUACCGUGUACGCACUCAGUCCAACUGUGUGUAGACGCAGAACAUCAGAGUCGGUCCCAGAAAACCGUUGGUACCAACAAAGGGAGGCACCUCAUAAGCAAACUAGCUGCAGAAGCGCACCUGGAAAUGUGUUCCCUGUGAAUAAGAGCUCCGUGCCUCCGUGGACAGAGGGACGGGAAGAGAUGGAGAAAUUCGUGCUGAAAACAAGCAUCGCAAAAGAACGCAUGGUCCAACCACAUAGAGAAGUAGUACUUCUGAUAGAGAGAGACACAUGGCCUGUAUGUAGCAGCAAGAUCGACCUUGACCUGCCAACUGCUACUGAAGUGGAUUUUGAGGUCCGGCCCCUGGCCACUAGGAUCUUGCAGGUGUCAACCGCAAAAAAUGUCGACCAGGAAACUCCCGUCUGGCAAUACGCCGCCGCCUGCUCACCCAACGAUCAGCAGUAGUAUCUGCGUGCCAGACGAAGCUCUCGGCAUGCGACCCGAUCACAUCGAGUCAUACGCCACCCACCGUAAGAACGCGUCUAGUUGGAUGCUCUGCUCGACUAAUGACAGUAGAUGAUCUUUAUAGAAUAGAACGCUCUGCUCUGCUCGGCUGACGCGGAGUUAAGCUCCGGGUUGUAUUCUGCACCGGUGGCUGCAGCGUGCAAAACAGACAGAUGGGCAGAUCAGUAACCAAGCGACUGGAGCAGCAUUGCCUUCCCCUAGAUUUUUUUUGUCGCCGGAUUGAAGGGAAACCACCUGCAGCGCUAGCUGCAGGCAAUGAAGCACAAGGUGAGCAUGCCGUGCGAGAGGAGCCGGCCGGUCCAGAGCCAUGGCGUUGGCCGCCAGGGCAGACGACUGACACGGUGCAGGAACGGCUGCGCGUGCGCAUCAGCGCAGGGGUGAUCUCCAUGGAGAUCGCCGGCGACUACAGGGACAAGCUGGAGGUGGUCGGCGACGGGGUCGACGCGGCCUGCCUGGUCAGCUGCCUGCGCAGGAAGCUCGGCCACGCUGAGAUCCUGCAGGUCGAGGAGGUGAAGGACAAGCCGCAGGAGGACGAGGCGACCAAGGAGAAUACGAUGACCGCGCACCACCUGAUGACCGCAGGAGGACGUGGAGCCGCCGCCAGAUGAAUGCUACCACGGUUAGUACUACUGCCACCACCACCCGCCGUCGAUGGUCGUCGUCGAGGAGCCCGGCGGCUGACCCAUCAUGUAAUUAACGGUUACUACUACCGGCCUGUUGCCAACUUCCUAUCUGAUAAAUUGAGUAGAAGUGCUCUUGAGUCAUGACUGCUUA